AUGGCGCCUACAAAAAGUGGAGCUUGGUCGUUCUUUCAAAAAUUGGACGGAAAGCGUGCAAACAAUUUGUGGAAACAUUUGGAAGUAUACCACGGCAUUGAACAACUCAAGAAGAAACCACAAAACGCAUCUGAAAGGGAAAGUGCCAUUAGUUCGUCAAAAACUUCAAACUCGUCAAAGGAUUUGGAUACUGCAAAGCCAUCCUCGAGUGUAACCGUAACGAUCUCGCAAGAAGAUAAACCUGACGAGCCACUGCAACCGACAUUGGAAACCCUUUUUGCCAGGCGAAAGGCUUAUGAUGAAGAUGGCCAACGCUUCAAAGAACUUCUGGAAGGCUUGCUGUUCAUGGUGUGCAAGGACAAUUUAUGUCUAUCCACACCGGAAAAAGAGGGCUUUCGACACUUAAUGAAAAUAGCUGCACCUCUUUGGCAACCUCCUUGCCGAAAAACUCUCACGUCUCUCAUGGAAACGAGAUACUGUGACAUCAGUGCCUAUAUUCGUAAAAGUCUGUUACGAAUCUCUUCCGUCUGUAUCACUAUGGUCUGUUGGACAGGGCGACACCAAACAAACAGCUUUUUAGGCAUGACUGUUCAUUAUGCUGAGGGCAAUGAAAUGAAAUCUAUUGUACUGGGCGUCGAGUAUUUGACAGAGUCCCACACGGCUGAUUAUUUAGAAAAAAAGAUGUUGGAGCUCCUCGCGUUAUGGGAUAUUGAACCAAGCAAAGUCAGUUUGGUUAUAACGGACAAUGCUGCAAACAUUACCAAAGCCUGUGUACAGGCCUUUGGUAAAUCAAAACAUGUGCCAUGCUUUGCACAUACCAUAAAUCUUAUACCAGCAAAUGCACUGGGUUUCAAGCAAGUCAACAGUCAACCUGUGCCGUAUGUUCCUAUGUAUUCCAGACAUAAUUCGAGAAUUAAAAAAUAUAGUUACGCUUUCUCACCGUAAACAAAACUUCUCUGAUGAAAUCAAGCGACUUUAGAGAGAGAAAGGAGUUCCAGAGGGACAGUUACGGCGAUUGCAACAAGACGUGACAACCAGGUGGAGUUCCACAUACAUAAUGAUCAAAUCUUAUUUAGAAAUGUUAUCAACGAUAACUCUGGCUGCUUUGAAAUUUCCCAAUGUAGAAGUAUUGUCAGGGCUAGAAGUAGCCACUUUAACUUCAAUCAAAAACGUAUUGUGUCCUUUCGCGCUUGCA